AGUUAGCUACCAGCUGAAUUCCAGAUUUUUGGCAGUUUUGUGUGUAGCAAGACCAACAGCUACCUCUGUGCAGAACAUGAAGUCCCUCCUUGCCUUACUGUGUCCUUCAAACAUAACAAAGUAGAGAUGCAGAAGCAAGAAGAUAAGGUGUUGCAGUAGUGUUUCCUCACUGGCAGCAAGACAGGCUGAAGCAACAGGGUAUAUUAAAGGGUUUCAGUGAGAUGAAGAGUAAAGUUCUGGACUAUUUCCCUUUGGUUUAAUCUCUGCCACCUGACAUGAGGCUCCCCCGUCUUUGAGCCUGAGAAGGCCUCAUUUUGUUCAGUUCUCUUUAAUCGCUGCAUUUAAAUGUGUGUGUAAAAAAACCCAACAACAACAAAACCCCAUCUGCAUGAAACCAAAUUUGAUAUUCUCUCCCUCUCUUAACGUGAUCCCAUGAAUUUCUUGCAUUGUUGAGUCCCAUGUACUAAGGGUCCCAUGCAGAGCACAAACAAUAAAGCAGUGAGAAGACAGAUGCUCUGCUAAUGGGAAACCAAGGAGAAGAGAGUCUGUGAGGGAUUACAGGCAGCCUGGGGUUGGAAUACAUUAUUAGCAUAGCACCCAAUUCAGAAAUUGGUUUUCAGAAUUAAAUGCCUGAAGCAUUUUGGCAAAAACUCCUGAUCAUCCCUCUCAAAAGCCCUUAAAGCAUAAAAGAAUAGGAAUCUCAAGUCUGGGCUGAGCAAUCACAUUUGGUGACCUUGCAGGGCUGUAACCAUGAAUUGUAGUUUUUAUGGCUUCAUUCCAUUACCAGGGCAGCACCUGCCACACCUAUUGAAACGUAACCCACUUGAUCUGCAUGCACAAACCUUUAGCAGGUUUUGAACAUCCUCAUCAAAGAAGAAAAUGGGCCUGAAUGAGAUUCCAGGGUCUGUUUCCAGGAGGAAGGUUUUGUUUUGUUGAGUGCGUAACAGCAGGGAAGUGCAUCAGCCUCUCCUUAGGCACAGAUGGAGAAGCAGCAAAGUCUUUUUCAAAGAUCUGACAUUGCCUAAGGUAGAAAGUUUGGGUCCUGAAGCCUUUUUCAGGCAUGCUAUUUUCUGAAUGUUUUUGCUUUUGAAAAUCAUGAUGAGAACAUCAAAUUUUAAAAGAUCCUGGGUAGACAACCAAGUUUGGUUACCGGACUGAGGACAAACAGGAGAAAUUGUUUCUCAUAGUACUUGGUGGGAUUAUCCUCCAUGCAUAAUUGAUCAUUAUAUGCUCAAAAUUCAUUGUUAAUUUCUUUUGGGUAUAUUGCACAUUAGACAGAAGAGUUAUAAACCCCAAGAUUAUCACAAGAGUACACUAGCAGGCCUAAAUAUUCAGGACAGAGGGGGACUUGUUUUCCUCUUACAUUGCAUUCUUGGACAGAAUCAUUAGAUUAUUUUUUUUUUUGCCCAUUUGAUAAUCAAAGUAUAGUGGACAGGAAACAAAAGAAAAGUUCAGCCAGCCAAGUCUUCUACUUUAUUCUGCUACUCUAAUAUAAUCAACAUAUUUCUUGAGGUUUAUUUAUCCCAGAGUCUUAUUUUAUAUAAGUAUCAUUGGGGAGCUUGAUUACAAGGUCUUGAUUCAUGCACAUAAAGUGAAAUUUUAGUAUCCUGGGAGAAGUUAAGGACAAGUUAAAUAUGGGAGAAAACAGCUGGGACCAAACAAAUCAGGAAAAAUAAUUCACCAGGUCUUCAACAUGCACUUGUUUUCUGUGCAUCCUGGUAACUAGCAUCUUAUUUCUGAGCCAUGCAAGUGGGAGUAAAGAGUAACACUUCAUUUUCAGUUUUGAAUUUCAGAGCUGUUUUUUUUAUAACAACUUCUUUCAAUGUUUUUAUAUAUGUUUAAUGAGCAUACUGGACAUAUGGGAAAGUUCAGAAUUAGGCUUCUUAUUUGUCCUGGGUACAGACUGUCUGUAGACUUCUGAACAUUUCUGUCUAGAUUUGAGAUUGCCCUGUGUUUACAUCAUAUUACUGAUCUGCCAACAGAAUAUAUUUUAAAAAACAACAAAAACUGGCACAUACGAAACCCUUAUAGAGUAAGGCUAGUAUUGAGCCCAGUACUGCUUACAUCCCAAAUGAAACUAUAUGUAUAGAAUACCAUGUGUACAGGAAGCAUAGCUGUGAUUUGGCUUCUCCACUAGAGUCUUGCCCAUCAGCCUGUAUUACCUCACUGUUUCACCUGUUUUUCAUGUCUCCAGAUUACUAGGGUAGGCUGGUGUGCACAAAAGCUCUUUUCCCCUCCAACUCUGUCAGUAAUAAAAGAAGCUAUAAGUCUGUCGAGCAGAACCUCCUCUUCUCUUGCAGUUACCUAGUUCACAAGCUCUGGGGGACCUGUGCUUCUUCCACCCAGCCAUAUUGGAAACCCACCAUCAGGGAGGCUCCUAAGUGUGCUGAGAGAUAAUAAAGAGGCCAUUCUGCCUUGUCUGCAGACUGGAGCAAGUCACAACUUCUCUCUCAUUGCACACACAGGAUUUGUGAAAUUUAAUAAUAAUCAAGCGCUUCAAAGACAGAGGUUGCCAAUUUUAAUUAGUAUUUUAAGACUUUGUUUGUAAGCUCUGUUUCUAAAACUGAAAACUUAACACAACAGCCCUGUUUGAGCUCUCCAAGCUAAGAACAAACACUGCAAAGCAGAAGUUGACAGGUGAGCUACAAAAUGUAGAGAAAAUAAUUGUUUACCUUUCAACAGCAGUGUCCAUGGUACUACUAUCAUGGAGAAAACAGUGCAGCUGUUUUCCAAAGCUGUUGCUCUUUUCCAGUCCAAAUACAUUGAAAGCACAAGCAGAGCUGAAUCCAAACCCAUCAAGUCUCCAGUUUGUCUGGGGUCAAUCCUAUGAUCAGAAAAGAGUGGUAAAGGACAGCUCCCUGAGCCCAGGAAGUAUGUUAUCACUGCUAUCAGACUUACUUUUAUUCUGUGAAUUCUUCUUAAUUGGGUAAUCCAGUUCUGGAUAUUUUUGACAAAUAACAAUUCUUGUGUUAAAAACAAAUAAUGGUUUUAAGUUAAUAGGGUUAGUCAUAUAAAGAGCUAUUUCAUGUCGGCAAAACCUUUAUUUCUGACAAGCAGUGUAAUUUAUGACAGUCUACUUAGCACUGAAUGUCAUUAAUCUGACCAGUAUGCCAUUCUGUUCCUGGGGAAUAAUGUUCCUUCUUAAUCAAUAGCUGGGUAGGUGCUCCUUUGCAUUCCUUAUCACAUGACAGCCAGAUGGUACUGGUAAAUUCAUUCCAGGAGGAUUUUAGAAUUAGCUGGGUUUAUACUAUUGUUAAUCCUCUGCUGUCUGCGCCACCAGGAUCUACCCACCUGUUUCCAGUAACCCUUGAUUUCACAACCUUAGGAAAUAGUCUAGCCAGGUGGUUACUCAGAUACAGUGCGGCCAAAAAGUUUCCCAAGCAGUGAGGCCUUUUUCUGCAUCAGUAAGAAAAAGAAAAAAAGCAAACAGUGUUCUUGCAGAAGUAGCCAGCUAGGACUGCCCACCUCUAUUUGUUCCUCAACACCCUGAUCUCUUUUGAUGAAGUUUCAAAGUUUCAGAUUGCAUGAGCUGUGUUCCUCAGUGCAUAGUAAAUCUGGGGCUGUGACAGCUGCCAUGCCAUAAUUUACUUAAUUUUUCAGCCUGUCAGAGUGUCUGGGAUAACUUUUCCUUCAUAACUGAUUUGUUGCAUAGCAACAAUAAUUUUGUCUCCAACCUAUUGAUCUGAAGUAACAUGUAAGCCCCUUUCACCAAUGAAAAGGGAUACAAAUGGUAGCUCUGGGCUGAGAACCACUGGCUUUUGAAAUGAGAGGACAGUUAAUCUCCACUAAACCAAGGAGGGAAUGGAGCAAGCCAUAAACUCUGUUGGGCUGAGGCUCUGAGGAUGCAUUAGAUGCCAGAGCCAAUUAACCUGUGCUCUGGGAGAAGAGUCCAGUUUACGUUCAUACCCCCCUGUUCCCUGUCCUUUAUGUUCUGCAAUUAAAGUACAUUUCAGGUGAGCUUUGCUACAAACUUAAUUGUUGAAAUAAGCAUCACUGUGCAAUACUGUACAGUAACUGGGCACUUUGUGGCAGGGGUGCACACACAGCACUUGGUUUGUAUGGGACUGCAGUGUGUGAGGGUAAAGUUCAGCCACUGCAAAUACCAGUUUCAAAGUGACAUGGUUGUAGUUCUUUGGGCAAAUGCCUCUUGCCUGUGGGGUAAUUGUUUGGUAGGUCAGUCAUCUAGCCUGAUAACCUUGAUAUUUUUUGUAUACCUCUAACUACAGGGCUAAAGACAGACUUUGGCAUCUGAAGCAGGAUCUGCUUUGGGGAGGCAAGUACAAAGUUAAGGUCAAAAACACUUGGAGCUUUAGUCCCAAGUGGGCAAAGUAUUUCCCCACUGCCCAGCCUUCCUGCUUCCCAUCGUAGCCGGAAUGUGGGCUGAGAGUUGGGGUUUGUGUCAUCUUUCUGAGGUUACCUUAACUGUUGCCCUUAUCGUGCAAGGAGCCCAAGCUCCUACAACUGGAAUUUUACAUUCCUCCCUGGAUAUAAAGCUUCGUAUCCACAAGGAAGCUAAAUCCUCCCUGGGCUUCUCUUCAUUUUUGCAGCUUGCACAUAGCACUGAGUUAAAUGUAGGUCCAAAAUCUGAGGUCAGUAAGCAUCUGGCCACUAAUCUGAGCAGGAAUCAGGAGUAUUCAGGUUUUCAGCAAACGGCAGACAAGUGUUUUGUUUGUGGACACCUCAUAAUGGAAAUGAUCUUACAGGCCCUCGGAAAGUCAUACCAUCCUGGCUGCUUCCGCUGCGUGGUGUGUAAUGAGUGCUUGGAUGGAGUCCCCUUCACUGUAGAUGUGGAGAACAAUAUUUACUGUGUCAAAGACUACCAUACGGUUUUUGCACCAAAAUGUGCUUCCUGUAACCAGCCGAUCCUGCCAGCACAGGGCUCUGAGGAGACCAUUCGGGUGGUGUCAAUGGACAAAGACUACCACGUGGAGUGCUAUCACUGCGAGGAUUGUGGCUUGCAGCUCAAUGACGAGGAAGGCCAUCGUUGUUACCCAUUAGAGGGCCACUUGCUCUGCCACAGCUGUCACAUCAGGCGCCUUAAUAUUAAACUGCCGUCACAUCCACCUCCGAGCUACCCGAUGCAUGUCACAGAACUCUGAAAGACAUUUCCACGACCAGUAAGCCAUUUGAAAGAAAAGAAAAAAAAAAUCUAAAAAAAUGACUUUUCUGUUCCCUUAAAGAUGAGAUUCCAGUAAUAAGCAUCUAAACCAGCUAUUUAUUUUUUAAAUCAGAGGUGAGGGGUCCUUUUCAGGUCUUGUACAUAUGCAUUCUUUAUCUGAUGUUUUCACUGAGACACUGUCUACUUGAACAAAUAAUUCACCACUAAACUGUAACUGUAAAUGGCAGCAUUUCUAAAAAAAAUGAUACAAAGGGCUGUUCUGCAUUUCCUAGUCACUUUCCUUCAGUGGAGAUUUUGCCCAAGUAAGGAGUGUAGAAUUACUUUCCAAAAGUUAGCACCUUAUCAUACUGCAGCAAGCAUGGUAAGAUAAAUGCUAGCAUUUUAGCUAGUUUUGUUGAAUUCUGGUCUUAGAGAAUACAGUGUCACAUUUUAAAAAAUGUAGAUUCCCAGAAGUAGUGAAUAGGAAGAAAAAAAGUGUUGUUAGCAGUGACAGUUUUCAGCAUGGGUUAAACAAUGGCAUUCUGUGAAGAAGCAUCUGGCCAGCUUUCCAUCCUGCAAGGUUCCACAGUCAUCCAAAGACUAUUUAACUUGCAAAUAAAUGUGGCAAGCAUCUCAUAAAAUAUGUCUAAAAGAAUGGCACGUGCAAGGUCGUAAAGUUACAGACCUCUGUAAUUGCCUGCCAUGUACAAAUGUAGCCAUGGUUUCAAAAUGCAUUUGUAGCAACGUGGUGAUUUGGCACUUACUAAAGAAUUCAUCAUUUAAAACUUGUUUUCCAGUAGGGUUAGGCAGCCCCUUCCUAUGCAAAGGUACACUUGUCUUUAUACUACUUGUUUUUGUACAAGACUUCAUUUGUUGCAACUGCUUUAUGAUUGUAUGUUGAUACAUUGUUAAAAAAAGAGGGGGGCAGUGGUUUUUGUAUUAUCUUUUCAGCUUUGUGUUCUUUUCUAGAUGUACUUUUUUUGAACUGAUUACGGUGAUUGUCUUCAUUGGGAAACAAAGUACAGUUUAGCAGAAAUAAUAAUUUAGAGAGCCAGACCACUGAAACAUUGGUGUUUUAUAACAAGUAUUAGAUGUACAUAGAAUGUACACACUUUCAUAUUUUGCAUAAGCUUUUACAGUAACCUCAGAGCUCUGGGGAAAUACGUGUCUUCCAUAUAGGAAGUUAGACAAAUGUUUUUAUGGUUUGUUUUCUACCAUGUGUUGAUGAUUUACAUGCAAAUCACACAUCUGUAUGUUUAAAAAAUUCCUUGCAUUCUCAUGAGAAUUGAUCCAGCCUUCCUGAAUUUAUAUUUUAAAUACAUCCAUCAUUGCUGUCUUCAACUGUGUCCAAAAUUACAAUAAAAUAAAAUUCUGCUGCUCCAGAGGAAGUGGAAAUACCAGACCAGAUUCUCCACAUGUGAAAACUGGGGACAUUUCCAUGCCAGUCCUUGACACAUCAAGAAUCUGACCAAUCCAUUUGGAAAUGAUCCCAUGUUAAAUUCAGCACACAGACUGAUGAAAUUACUUAUUUGGCAACACCAUUGCAGUUUGGUUUCUUAUGCUCCAUUGAUUUUUUUAAAGCCAUUUGUGGUGCUCUUGAAAAGUACAAAGAGCAGCCAAUGGACACUAAUUUCUAAGUGGAAUAAUUAACUCCCUUAACAGAACUUUUUGAUAGUCUGGAAUUUCCUUAUGGGGGAUGAGAGGGGGCAGGAAAAAUUCCUGUGAACUAUUUAUUUCUGUUAGUAAAGAACAAAAGGUAUGUUUCCUGAACUUUUGCCAGACUUCCAUUGGCCUAGAUUAACCCAUGCUACUGAAUGCUCUGUGGCAAGUCAGAUGCUCCUUUAAAAAGUUAUUCCUAAUUAAUACAGACCGGUUUAUAAUUAACAUAUUUAAUGUGAUAGUCAUGUUUUGAAUGUGAUAGUCCUGUUUUGAAGGAAUUGCAGUGCAACUAGUGCCGUUUCUACAGCGUGACCUAUGAGGCCUGGCCUGCAAAAGAGAGGACAGUGGGUGCAUGCACAAUUGUUCUGCUUUCGCAGACAUUACCUCUGUGUCCACAGUCAGCAGCCCAGCCUCAGAGGGACGUGGAAGAACAUGUGCCUCUCACUCAAAACAGCAAGUGCUAGAAAAGAGAAGAAAAAAAAAUUGCUUUAAAGUGCUUUGUAUCACUAGGUCAAUUCCUUCAGGUUAUUACAAACAUGGAAGAUAUCAGAGCUUCAGGAUAAACUUUUAGCAUCAGCUGCAAUGUAAUACUUUUUCCAUUUAAGGAAGGUGCUUUGGACCACAUUUAGCUUUGAGGCAUUUUUACUUGCUUGUCUUUACAAUAAGGAAUCCAAAUGAAGAAAAUAAUCAUUCAAAUACACGGAGAUAGUUUGGGUAGGUUCCUGUGAACAGUACUCACCGUACUGGAAAAAUGCUUUGCUCUACCAGUAUAGAAGCAAAACCUUCAACGUGGUGGUGAUUCUGGUGUCCAGUCCUGCCUUCUGCCAGUGCCUGCCUUAGCACUUUGCCUCCUUCAGUGUCAAGUUUCAGUUUCCCCUCCAACACACUUUCCAAGGGACAGCACACGAUUCAACAUGUACAUACCACGCCUUGACUUCUUUUGUUAACACGGGCAUACUGUAGAGCAUAAUAAUAUUUAAUUUCAUUUCACAUGUUCAUUUGUCAGUCUCUCAUAGUUCUACACAGAUCCAAUGUGUUAAGUAUCAUCAUGGUAAAAAUAUCAAAAGGUAGUAUUGCAAUAUAGAAUAAGUAGUGUUUAAAACCAGAAAGCAGCAGUUGUUCCAGUAUUUUCUAUAGGCAGGUGCAUUCCAUUACUCUAAUGAAGUACAGCUUUGUUUUUCCAGCAUCUACUACAAAAACGGGACCUUGAGGGAAAUUUACCAGUAUUUGUGGUUGGUUGGUUUUUUUCCCAAGGAAAGAGAAAAAUAAAAGCAAAUCUAAAAUAAUGAUGUGCUGUAGUCUUUAGUGCUAGUGACAGUUUCUGCACAUUUUGCCUCCUGUCUGGGAAAGUAUGUAAAUGAGAAAACUUCUUUUAAUUAUUUUCUUAAAGGAGUAUUCUUAUGUUAAAUCAGUUCAACACAGACAAACUUCCUAGAGUUCAUUUUAUGAUCCAGUUGUUCUUCAGAAGCCUUUGCUACACUUUCAGAAUAUUUUCAUAAAGUCAAAACAAUAACAAGUUCUCAGUUGCAUCAGGAUUACACCUUUCCAUUUUGGUAAGGAAUCUGACAAAGUCCCUGCAGCACAAAGCCCUCAUAGGCGAUUCAGAGUCUCUCCUGCACUGGAUCACAGAUUCCAAAGAAAGGACCAAAAUAAUAAUUUCAAAACAAAACAAUGCACUCAGAUAAUUGAGCUUUCAGUGAGGGGUUUUGUUUGGGUUUCUUUCCUUUUCCUUUCACCUGUGUGCACGUGUGUGUGUAUAUAUUUUGUAAGGUGGAGCUUCAAAAGGAAAACAUGGUUAGAGGAGCUCUUUAAGAUCAGAAAUUCCAGAGUAGUUAAGUAAACCAAAGCUCUAAAGGAGACAAAAGCUGCUUUCUUGUGUUUCAAGAAAAGUUUAAAAGUUUGUGAUUCAUCCUAUAACUAAUGCCGUAACUAGAGUAUAUAAUUUGACUUAAAUUAAGUUUUCAUUUGAGAAAUAUUUUCAUUUUCUUUAAAAGAAUAUAGUUUUCUUCCAAGAACUUGGACCAACAUUGAUUUUUAUUUUGUAGGAAAUAUAUAAAUUCCCAGUUUGUAUAUCAUGUAACUAGUUUACAUGCUGAAAAUAUACAUUAGUUUAACUAUUUUUGUAUAUAUAUCCUUGUAAAACCUUUCCAUGUGCUCUGUCUUUUAGUCUUUAGAAUUACUUGUGGUUUUGUGUUUCAGUGUUUGAUUUCCUUGAUUGUUGAAGAAAAAAAUUGGGAAAUGUAGAUUUAUUUAUCUAAAGAAGAAGCUACUUGCUAUCAUCCUAAGUUAUUUAAUAUUAAAGUCAGAAGUUUCAUUUAACCUUAGAUGCUGUAAUCUGCUUUUUCAAUAAAGACAUUUUGUAGUUAUCUCUGA